GUCAGCUCCAGAAAAGCCCGAGCAGGAAAUGAAACUUGAAGUUGAACUAAGAAGUUGAAAGGAAGUUAGAACGUGAAGAGCCCAGCAGGCGACUGCAGGAUAGAUCAGACUUGUCCUGAUCUGUGGGUUCGUUGUGGGCCCCUGGAGCUUAGCAAUCGUUACUGCUUUGCGUUGAAAAGAUGGGGAGCGGGGCAGGCCGCGGCAAGUUUAAGAAGGGCCCCACGGGGAGGAAGAAUUUCUCGACGCCAGAGGAAAUAGCGGCCGGUGCCGACGGGCCUCGAAGCGGGUUUAGAAAGAAGGACCCGGAAGAGGUAGAGGAUGCUGAAGAGGAGGAGGAGGAAUCGAGCGAAGAGGAGUCCAGUGAAGAGGAAGACGAUGACCAAAAAGAGAAAAAGGGCAAGGGCGUCCAGAACUUGAUAGCCACCGACAACCCGAACGCGGCCAAGAAGACGACCGUCAAGGCGAAGGACAUUGACCUUGCCACGUCGAAGGGGCCCGAGCUCUCACGAAGGGAAAGGGAGGAGCUAGAGAAGCAGCGCGCCAAGGAGCGCUACUGGAAGCUGCACGAGCAGGGCAAGACGGAAGAGGCCAGGAAGGACCUCGAGCGCUUGGCUAUCAUCCGGCAGCAACGAGAGGAGGCCGCCAAGAAAAGGGAAGAGGAGAAAGCGGCUCGGGAGGCGAAAGCAGCAGCAACCAAAAGGUAGUGCAGUGGACCUCGUAUGAUGUGCAACCAAAUCGACUUAGAAAGAACAAAGUCUCCUUUAUUUACUAUGUACAGAUUCGUGUCAAAUUUUCAGAAUGAGUUGCAGUACAACCCAAGUCUUCUGCUGUAAAUUGUCCUGGCGUCCGCUUGCCACCCUUACUCAAAAAUUUGGAUGGGAUGCACCUUCACAAAUGAUGAAGCGAAGAGCUCUCGAUAUGGCGGUUUGUCGAAUGUAAGCCUAAUCUGAG